UCUUUCUUUUUUCUAUCUCUUUUAUUGUUUUGUUUCCUCAAAUUGCAAAUCAAGCUUUCUUUCCAGCUUUAGAACAGACUCACCAACAAUCUCACCCAACUUUUUUCCCUCCCUUUAACCCCUCAUUAAAUCCUAAUCUACAAACCCUAUCUCUCUUUAAUCCUCCUUACUUACAUUCAUCCUUCUGUGUAUCUGUAUACUCCUCCAUUUUUCAAUAGUUGAGCUAUCUUUCAUUCUUCUGAACCCUUAUUGUAAUUACCUAAAUCGAGGGUUUUUUUUCCUGGGUGUAUUUUCUGGGUUCAAAAGCGUAAGCUUUGAGAGAAACUUCAAUUGCAAAUCACCAUUAGUAUAUAUAUCUAUUGCUAAUUGCGUCAUCUUCUUUACUUCAAUUUCUCUUUGGUUUGCUUCAAAAUCAAAGAAAAGCGGAACCUUUAUCCUAUUUGUUUUCUUCUGCUCUAAGCGGAUGUGAAUCGAAAGAGCAAGAGCUUAGUCGCUACAUUCUAAGUUGUGAGCAAAAGGAAGACACUUUGUCACUGGAUACAGGACCAAGGAUGUCAUCUGAGAGCCCUUUGAGUGCUGAAAUGUCGAAGAAGAUCUCAUUUUUAGGUUUAGCGGAUGUGAAACUUUGGGUAUUGAUUUGUCUAGUAGUUGGCGCAUUCGUAGUUUUGGUUCUCUGCAUCGUAUCUCUGUGGAUUGCAUUCCGCCGAAAAUCCCGCAAAUCAUCUCACAAGUUGUUACCCUUCAACCAAAUACCACGCGUGGCGAAAGAUAUCAGAGUUGAUGAUAGACCUGGGAUCCAAAAUCACAAUGAAAACUUGUGUAUCACAGUUGCUGAUAAAUCGAGUGAGAGAAACUCAGGAAAGAUGAUGUCUUACUUGGGAAGAACCAAGUCUAGUGACAAUGAUAGUAUAAGUCGUUGUAGCUCUGUGCAUCAUCAUGAGAGAGCUUGCAGCUCUCACUCCGGUGAAGAAGGAAGCUUUGGAACCGCAUGGAGACAAUCAUCCCUAUCGCAGGGUGGGCUUGUAACUGCAUCUCCUUUGGUUGGUUUGCCAGAAAUAUCUCAUCUUGGUUGGGGACACUGGUUUACUCUUAGGGAUCUUCAGCUAGCCACCAAUCGUUUUGCUGCAGAAAAUGUAAUUGGUGAGGGUGGUUAUGGAGUAGUUUAUAAGGGUAGACUCAUCAACGGUAACGAUGUUGCUGUAAAGAAGCUUCUCAACAAUCUGGGACAGGCUGAGAAGGAAUUCCGGGUUGAAGUUGAGGCUAUUGGUCAUGUACGGCACAAGAAUCUUGUAAGGCUUCUAGGAUAUUGCAUAGAGGGUGUUCAUCGGAUGCUUGUUUAUGAGUAUGUGAAUAGUGGUAACUUAGAACAAUGGCUACAUGGAGCCAUGGGGAAACACAGCACUCUCACUUGGGAGGCACGCAUGAAGAUCCUUAUUGGUACUGCACAAGCGCUUGCGUAUCUGCAUGAAGCAAUAGAACCAAAAGUAGUCCACAGAGACAUAAAAGCAAGCAAUAUCCUGAUUGAUGAUGACUUCAAUGCAAAGCUUUCCGAUUUUGGGUUAGCCAAGCUCUUAGACUCGGGUGAGAGCCAUAUCACGACCAGAGUCAUGGGCACUUUUGGCUAUGUAGCACCCGAAUAUGCAAACACUGGUCUAUUAAACGAGAAGAGUGACAUCUAUAGCUUUGGUGUCCUGCUUCUAGAAGCUAUUACUGGAAGAGAUCCAGUUGAUUAUGAACGUCCAGCUAAUGAGGUGAAUCUGGUCGAGUGGUUAAAGAUGAUGGUUGGAACAAGAAGAGCUGAAGAAGUAAUUGAUCCAAAGAUUGAACCCAAACCCGCUACACGUGCUCUGAAACGUGCACUUCUUGUUGCCCUGAGAUGUGUAGAUCCCGAGUCAGAAAAACGACCCAAAAUGAGCCAGGUUGUGCGGAUGCUUGAAUCCGAUGACCAUCCUUUCCGUGAGGAGCGGAGGAAUAGGAGGAGUAGAACAGCGAGUAUGGAGAUUGUCGAGACCACAGAGGAAUCAGCUGACACAAGCAAGCGGCCUGAUAACUUAGAGAACCACACUACAAAACCUGAGAAGACUCUUGAAUAGAUGUAAAGAAACCCGGUGAAACUCAGGUCAGUAACUUCACGUCCCAAAUGCUCUACUAAUCGAUGACGCAUGAGUUUCUGGUGCUUCCCGAGAAACAAAACAAAUCCAUGUAAAGAAGAAUCGCAUUAUGAUUUAGAUCAAAAGAGUCAUUCCAGUUGUUUCUCAUAUACACUCAAUGAUGCAAUCUUAUAGGAGCCAGUAUUUUUUGAUGAUUGAGAAGCGUUUUCUCUCUUGUUCUCAGUGAUUGGUUCGUCAUAGAAAAUCUUUUGAGUCUUGGCUUUUAGGAUGUCAAACCUAGCCAGAGGCAGAUUUGUUGUUGUACUAUGAACUGAAUUGAAUUGUCAUCCUCUAUUGAUUAAUGAAGUUGCGACUUAUCUCAAAUAAGAACA